GAAGACCAAUUUAAUAAAGAGAGUGAAAUGAUUCGCUUGAGUCUCUAUAUAAACAUCACAAUCCAACUCUCCAUAAUCUUCCACUUCUACUUGUACUCAUAUUCCAUACAUCAUAUCCCUAUAACAUCAACAAACAUUUCAUCGCUUUGAUCAACUUUUUUUAACCAACGAUGAUUCCGAUAUGCGUGCAGUGCGGAACUGGCGGAAACCCUUGUAGAUGCAAAGUGGUAGGACCGACGUUAGGGCUCGUGGCGUUUGUAGCAGCUGGAAUAGUGGAAUGGCCUGUCGGAGCAUUGGUUUAUAUCUUUAAACACGCAAAGGGUCGCCGCAUUAUGGGUCAUCCGGCCACCCAUGUUUACCCCAAAGUCUCUCGUUCCAUUCCCAUAUGAUUAUGAUGACUUCAUGAUCUCACUUUAUGACUUUUGAGUAAUUUACUAUAUUAUAUGUUUCUAAAUCAUAUUGUAUCUUAUCUAUCUUUUUUUCCAAGUAAUGUACGUGUAAAAGUUAAUAAAUCUCCGCUUUCAAUUUUUGAAAGUCGUUGUUCAA